CUCUACAACAACAUUACACCGCGUCGUUGACUGACGUGGAUUAAAAGCUGCAGGCAACACGCACCUGCUUGGCCCGCCUCCUCGUCCGCCCGCUCCGCACAGCACCGACCCCGACGAUGGACUCGCGUCUCGCUUUCCUCAAGGCGCCGCUGCCCAAGGCCAAGGCUGCGCCGAAGGCUCCAGCAGACUCAACCUCGACGAACGGCGCCGUCGCGACACCAGCAGCACCCUCGGUCCCCCACCGACACAGCUUUGAGCACGCGAAGAGCGGCGCACAGGGCACCGUGCUCGUUGACUACUGGCCCGCGCGGCACGGCGUAGACUCGCCACCCGAGCAUGUGCUCGUCUUCAUCCCAGGCAACCCCGGUCUCCCAGACUACUACCACAAGUUCCUGAACAAUCUGUACGACCAGCUGCCAGACUCGUACGCGAUCAUCACGUCGUCGCACGUCGGCGGGGACCCGUCGGUCGAUGCGCCCGAGGAGCCGCUCAACAUUCACCAGCAGACGACGACCAAGGUCGAGUUUGUCGAGGCCCUCCAGGACUCCCUCGGCCACUGGGCCAAGGAGCACCGCGCCGACGAGCCCAAGCUCAGCAUCUCGGCGCACUCGAUGGGCACCUGGAUGACCGUCGAGCUUCUCAAGCGCGUAAAGGGCAUUCACGCCGCGUACCUCCUCUUCCCGACGCUCGGCUGGAUCUCAAACUCGUACAACGGCUGGAAGCUCUGGCCCAUGUUCCACAGGCCGUUCCGCACCGCGAUCCCGUACCUUGCCCACGUCGCGCCUUACCUCCCAACGUACGCGCGCCUGCCGGCGCCAACCCAGGCGCUCGUGUCGUCCUACGAGACUCUCAAGCACGUCCUGCACCUCGCCCACUCGGAGAUGGAGAUUAUCCGCACACCGGACCAGGCAUUCUUCCUGGGCCAGACUGAUCUGCCCGAGGGGCAGGGCGUUCACGGCCUCUGGUCGAGCGGAAACCUCGACGGCUGGGUCGGCAAGGACGGCCCGCUCAUCCGCGAGUGGCUUGGCGAGAAGCGCGCGCAGACGAUCGAGGCGCCACAUGCCUUCUGCACCAGCCGGCGCCACUCGAAGAACGUCGCGGACCACGUCGCGCGCUGGAUGUUGGGCUCGAAGCACCCCGACGCCGACACUGGCCGCGUCCAUUCGGUCGAGAACGGCACCACGCAGACGAAAAACGGAAAGAAGCGAUCCGCAAGAUCCAGGAGCAGGAGCACCCCCUAUUCUCGGUGAGCGUGGGUGCGGGCUUGUACGCAUGGGUUGUAGAUGCUAGAGACGACUUAUGGAUGAGUGACGCCAA